AUCAUAUGUUUUUAUUCGGAAUAUUUGUUUUGAUUUGUUUCGGCCAUUCUUUUGAUUUGAAUUGAUUCAGAUCAAUACCAAAAUGAGACAAUCAUCAUAUCUAAGAUUAUUUCGAUCAAUUAUCGAUCCAAAUGUAUCUAUUGGAACAAAAUAUACAUCAACGGCGAUGAUAAUGAUACAAUCGAAACGAUCAUUGUAUGAACAAACCAAAAGUGGAUCGGUUGAUUUUGAAAAUAAAAAACGUUCUCAAAUGAGAGAAACUGAACGUUUAAAAGAAUCAACAAAAAUGUUCAAAAAGGAUUUGAAAUGGGCAUGGGAAACAUUCAAGGAUGCAACAUUUCGUGCAUUUCGUUCGGAUGUUGGUACCGUAUCAUUUGAUGAUGGUCAAUUGAUAAAAAUUUGGGAUUUUAAUCAACGUAAUAAUGGAAAAUUAUCCAGCUAUUCUUUGGAAUAUAAAAUGGAUCAAUUAAAUGAUAUGAACAAUUGGAUUGUCACUUGUGAUGCUGAUUAUAAUGUCGGCUUUUCAAAAUGUUCAUGGACUGUAUCACCAUCUGGUCAUGCUUUAUUCUCCGGAUAUUUAGACACAACAGCACCAAAAGAUGGUAAAACUGUUCGUACUGGUUAUGCAUUUUUAUCCAGUCAAAAAAGUCGCCAUCCAUUCAAUUUGCCUACGGAUGGAAUGAGUAUUUUUGAACAAUUUACGCACGUUAUUCUUAGAGUUCGUGGUGAUGGUCGUAUGUAUCAAAUAUCAUUUGAUACUUCUGAUAAUUUUGAUAUUACUUGGUUUGAUCGUUAUAAUUUUAUGAUGUAUACAUUUGGUGGACCAUAUUGGCAAUAUGUUAAAAUACCAUUAUCACGAUUUUAUUUUCAUUAUCAAGGUUAUAUUCAAGAUCAACAAGAAGUAUUUAAUCCACAAACAAUCAAAUCAAUGGGUAUAUUAGUUCAUUCACCAGCAUAUUCAGGUCCAUUUCGUUUGGAAAUUGAUUAUAUUGGUUUUGUUAAUGAUUGUCAACAUAAUGAUACUAUUGAAUAUGAAGGAUAUUAUCAUGAAUCAAGUCAAUUAAGAUCAACUUGAAAAUAAUUUUUGUAUUUUGUUUCUAGGUUAUAUUACAUGUGUUAUUAUAAAAUUGUUGUAAAUAGUAGUUUGU